GGCCAUGUAGUGUCGCCGUUACUCUGAGGAGAGAACAGUCGGUAGAGGGGUGCAAAAAUGCAGAGCAAUAAAACCUUUAACUUGGAGAAGCAAAACCAUACUCCAAGGAAGCAUCAUCAGCAUCACCACCAGCAGCACCACCAACAGCAACAGCCACCACCGCCACCAAUACCUGCAAAUGGGCAACAAGCCAGCAGCCAAAAUGAAGGCUUGACUAUUGACCUGAAGAAUUUUAGGAAACCAGGAGAGAAGACCUUCACCCAACGUAGCCGGCUCUUUGUGGGCAAUCUUCCUCCUGACAUCACUGAGGAGGAGAUGAGGAAACUAUUUGAGAAAUACGGGAAGGCAGGCGAAGUCUUCAUUCAUAAGGAUAAGGGCUUUGGCUUUAUCCGCUUGGAAACGCGAACCCUAGCAGAGAUUGCCAAAGUAGAGCUGGACAACAUGCCACUUCGUGGAAAGCAGCUGCGUGUGCGCUUUGCCUGCCAUAGUGCAUCGCUCACAGUCCGAAACCUUCCUCAGUAUGUUUCUAAUGAACUGCUGGAGGAAGCUUUUUCUGUGUUUGGCCAAGUGGAAAGGGCUGUAGUCAUCGUGGAUGAUAGAGGAAGGCCCUCAGGAAAAGGCAUUGUUGAAUUCUCAGGGAAGCCAGCUGCUCGGAAAGCUCUGGACAGGUGCAGUGAAGACUCCUUCCUGUUAACCACAUUUCCUCGGCCUGUGACUGUGGAGCCCAUGGACCAGUUGGAUGAUGAAGAGGGACUUCCAGAGAAGCUGGUUAUAAAGAACCAGCAAUUUCGUAAGGAGCGAGAACAGCCACCCAGAUUUGCACAGCCUGGCUCCUUUGAGUAUGAGUAUGCCAUGCGCUGGAAGGCACUCAUUGAGAUGGAGAAGCAGCAGCAGGACCAAGUGGACUGCAACAUAAAGGAAGCUCGUGAGAAGCUGGAGAUGGAGAUGGAGGAUGCUCGCCAUGAGCACCAAGUCAUGUUAAUGAGACAGGAUUUGAUGAGGCAUCAAGACGAACUCUGGAGGAUGGAAGAGCUGCACAACCAAGAAGUGCAAAAACAAAAGCAACUGGAGCUCAGGCAGGAGGAAGAGCGCAGGCGCCGUGAAGAAGAGAUGCGGCAGCAACAGGAAGAAAUGAUGCGGCAACAGCAGGAAGGAUUUAAGGAAACAUUCCCUGAUGCGAGAGAACAGGAGAUAUGGAUGGGCCAGAUGGCCAUGGGAGGUGCUAUGGGCAUAAACAACAGAGGCGCCAUGCCCCCUGCUCCAGUGCCAGCUGGUACCCCAGCUCCCCCAGGACCUGCCACUAUGAUGCCAGAUGGAACCUUGGGAUUGACCCCACCAACAACUGAACGCUUUGGCCAGGCUGCUACCAUGGAAGGAAUUGGGGCCAUUGGUGGAACCCCUCCUGUGUUCAACCGUGCAGCUCCUGGAGCUGAAUUUGCUCCAAACAAACGUCGCCGAUACUAAUAAAAAUUUCACUGUCUAGUUUCCCAAAAACCCUCAAAAGAAAGACCCUUUUUGGACUAGCCAGAAUUCUGCCCUGGAAAAAGUGUUAGGGAUUCCUCCCAAUAGUUAGGUCUUCCUUGCCUGUACUACUCUAAGGGAGUAUGCUGGAGGCUGAGGGCAAGGGAGGGGCGAUAAAAU